CUGAGGCUGUUGCCAUGGGCACGGAGCCGGCUGCGGGCUGCGAGGGAAUGGCGGCUGUCACCGGUUUACAGUGAGCUGCUGAGCGUGGCCUAUCACACCCCAUCCCCGGCUCGGCCAAUCCCCGGCGAGCGGCGGGGCGGGACCCUGCAUCUUGCUCCGUGUGGAAAAGACGGUUUCGGGUGCAAAAGUUUGUAUUAUUUUCCUCCUCCGGACGUCAGAGAUGCCCAGUGAGGGAGAAGCCUCCGCCGCCGCCGGUCCCCGGUCCUCCCUCUACCCGUCGCCGAUCCGCGGCCUCCUGCAGCCGCCGGGCCACCCCGUCGCUCUCUGGGAGACGCCGCUCUGACCUUUGGACCCCGCAUUCGGAUCGGUGAGAGAUCCCGGGCGGCCGCCGCGAUGUGGAGCUCCAGCCGGGUGCGGCUGCUGUGCAUGCUCGGCCUGACCUUCGUCUUCUUCGUGGUGGAGGUUGUGGUGAGCCGGAUCACGGGCUCCCUGGCGAUGCUCUCCGACUCCUUCCACAUGCUGUCCGAUGUCAUCGCGCUGGUGGUCGGCCUGAUCGCCGUGCGAUUCGCCCAGAAGACCCGAUCGACCGACAAGAACACGUUCGGCUGGAUACGGGCUGGGGUGAUGGGGGCCCUGGUCAACGCCAUCUUCCUCACCGCUCUCUGUUUCACCAUCGUAUUGGAGGCUGUCGAGCGCUUCACCGAGCCGCAGGCCAUCGAGCAGCCGUUGGUGGUGAUCGGGGUUGGAGCCGGUGGGCUGCUCAUCAACCUCAUCGGGCUGUGCAUGUUCCGGGACAGCGCAGGGGCCGGCCACGGACACUCUCACGGAGGCGGAUCUGGCCACGGACACUCACAUGGACCGAAGAAGGCGCACCGGAGCCGGGAACGGGCGGCCGGAGAUGGGGCAGCCCUGGACCGGGAGGAGACCAACAAUCUGGUGGAGAACUACGCCGACCCCAACGUCUCCGGGGUGGAGGUGGUGCCCGGGAAGCACGGGGAUGCGGUCAGGAGCUUGGCCGACACUCACUAUGUCCACAAUGCUUUGGUAGAGACCCCAAUAGAAGAGCGGUUGAAUGGCGACAUUGUCCAAAAUAGUGUGACAGAAAUACAUGAGGAUGGUACUCAACUGAACAUGCGAGGAGUCUUCCUACACGUGCUUGGUGAUGCCUUGGGCUCUGUUAUUGUAGUUUUUAAUGCUUUAGUUUUUUAUUUUGUCUUCAACCCUUGUCCAUCUGAGGACAAUUGCAUCAACCCGUGUGUUCAUGACCAUUGCGCCGACCAUGCGGAGGUAAAUCAUACCUCUCCAGCUCUGAACAGCAGCGCAGAACAACCGGAAAUAAAGAUUGCAGGACCUUGCUGGGUAUUGUAUCUAGAUCCCUCUUUAUGUGUUAUAAUGGUAUGCAUAUUGCUAUAUACAACAUAUCCACUUCUCAAGGAGUCUGCACUCAUACUUCUCCAAACUGUUCCUAAACAAAUUGAUAUUUACUCCUUAAAACAAAAGCUCGGGAACCUGGAAGGUGUCGAAGCCGUUCACGAGCUGCACAUCUGGCAGUUGGCUGAAAGCCGAAUCAUAGCCACGGCACACAUAAAAUGCCAUGAUCCCACCGCUUAUAUGGAUGUGGCCAAGCGUAUUAAAGACUUCUUCCAUGAUGAAGGAAUCCAUGCUACAACUAUCCAACCUGAAUUUUCCAGUGUGGAAUCUGAGUCUAGAAUUUCUCUCUGUGAACUGUCCUGCAGAACUCAGUGCGCCCCAAAGCAGUGCUGUGGGAGCUCGGAAAAGAAUGCUUUGGGGAAAAAGUCUGGCUGUGGAGCAGCAGCCUUAGGAAUGAUUAGUGAAUCUCCUGAGCAUAAAACCAAGAGAACUAAUGCUUCUGAGAAGCCUAUUAAUGAACUGAAGAUAGAUGUGGACUCUACUGUUUGAAUAGCUCCAGCAUUUAAGAAGAUAACAACAUCAAAAUGAUGGUUCGAGCUGGGGGAAGACUCAUUGACGUUGAUCCCUAGUAAUUUAUUUCCUGAACUCAGUUUGGCAAUAUUGAUUAGCACGACUGUAGAGAAAUAGAUUAGUUUCAGGAUGCUUUAUGUUAAAAAUUCCACUUUUUGCAACUAAAAUGUUUGUGUAGUCUUUGAUUCUGUAGAUAGUCUUCAAUUUGUCAAUGUUACAUUUUAUUUUUCUUUUAUUGGCCAAAACAUUUUAUUGAAACAGCGUUUGCAACAA